AUUUUGUCUACUAUUUUUUUUUGUUGCAAUAUUUGCUAUUUCUUCGGUAAACUUGUGUUUGUAAGCAAAUUUCUUUGUUAACUUUUGGUAUUUUUGCAUAAUGAACAUCAGCUGGAGUGGUAGAUUGCAAUUAACGUCAUUUUUUCGUUUAUUAAGCACUAAUUUUAAAUUAUCCGCUCCGCAACUGUUAGCAGAAAGUAAUGGCGGCUUUGUACAUGAAAAAAUACUCAAGAAUACCUCAAAUUCAUUGAUCAUUGAUCACAAUUUACACAAUACUUAUCUUCAAUAUGGUGAUAUUUCUCCAAAACCGGUUAGGGAAGAGGAAAAGAAAGAACGCAUCCAACCACCUCCGCCGAAUCCCGAAUCCCCAAGUGGUAAUGAGCGCACAUUACCAAGAUUGAUGAAUUUCCCCGAGAUAAUGUGGCCGUCAAUGUUCAAUUCGAUGAGAAAUUGGGUUUUAGUCUACGGAAUUAUUCGACCCUAUUUCGAUAAAGAAUUUUAUUUAAAAGAGUUUAUACGGGGAGCCAGGAAAGCUAUGCAGGUGGUUUCAGUUAAACUUAUGCAUAGUGACUUCUCUGGACUUAACAAUUUGGUCACAGACGAAGCUUUAGCCGAACUAAAACCGGUUAUACAAAAACUAUCGGUUUCGCAAAGACGUCAGCUAGAAGUGCAAGAGAGUGAUGUCUAUCUAACGUUCCCAUAUCAAGUGGGUAUAAUGUUUGACGAGUCAAGUGGACGUAAAAUUCAGAAGCGUUGGGUUGAAAUAACGAUGGUGUUUCACAUUUUGAGGGGCCUUCAUGAAAUUCGAGAAUCAGGUGAAGAAAUACCUUGGAAUAUGGGCACUAUGCCUGAAUAUCAAGAUAAGGUCUUCGUCUGUAAUUAUCGUUUCAUUAAGGAAUUUACCAGUGGUUACGAAUCUGACUGGACGAUCAAUGUUGUGAAUCAUUUUAAACCCCUCGAUUUGAUUAACGAAAUGAAACGUGUCUAAAGUUAGCAUGUAUAAAUUCUAGUGACGUCGUUUUGUUUGCCCGAGUAAAAGAAAACUUUGUUAAUAAAAUUAUUAUUAAAACUUUC